AUGGACCCGGCCGGCGCGGGGAAGGCGACGGCGGCGGCGGCGGCUGUGUGCGUGACGGGCGCGGGAGGCUUCAUCGCCUCGUGGCUCGUGGAGCGCCUCCUCGCCGGAGGAGACUACGCGGUGCAUGGCACCGUUCAUGAUCCUGGCAACCCCAAGAAUGACCACCUGAGGACGCUGGACGGCGCCGGCGAGCGGCUGCGGCUGUUCAACGUCGACGUGCUGGACUACGCGAGUGUGGCGUCCGCCGUGGCCGGCUGUGCCGGCGUCUUCCACGUCGCCAGCCCAUGCCCCGCCACCAAAUCCAUGAACCCCGAGGUGGAGCUGCUUGCCCCGGCGGUGGCCGGCACGCUGAACGUGCUCCGGGCCUGCCGUGAGGCCGGCGUCCGCCGCGUCGUGGUGGUGUCGUCGGUCGGCGCGAUCUUCAUCAACCCCAACCCCCCCGAGGGCCCCACCAUGGACGAACACUGCUGGUCGGACGAGGAGUACUGCAGAGCCACCGAGAGUUGGUACUGCCUCUCCAAGACGCUGGCCGAACGCGAGGCCUGGGCUUACGCAGAGAAGACCGGGCUAGACGUGGUGACCGUGUGCCCACCGCUGGUGUUCGGGCCUCUGCUGCAGCCCACGGUGAACACCAGCAGCUUGUUCCUCAUCAGAUACCUGAAAUGCGACGGCGUGGACGCCAUGGACGACAGGGUGAGGAACAUGGUGGACGUCAGGGACGUCGCCGACGCCCUUGUGCUAGCGUACGAGAGCCCAGAGGCGGCCGGCCGCUACAUCUGCAGCGCGCACGCCAGGAAGGUGUCUGAAAUGGUUUCCAUCGUCAGGAGCCUGCAUCCCAACCUGAACUGCGCAAACAGGUUCGUUCGGCUGGUGGGAGAUGAGAAGGUGUUCAGCACAGAGAAGCUGCAGAGGCUGGGGUGGAAGUUCAGGACGCUGGAGGAGACGCUCAAGGACAGCGUCGAGUCCUACAUGUCUGCAGGCAUACUCAACUGA